AUUUCUUAGAAAAAUAAAUUGGAGAUUUUUGUGUUUUUUUCGUGGCGCAAAAAAUAAAGAAUUUUCCAAGAAUGAAAGCAAUUAUCCAGAGAGUUACCGCAGCCUCAGUUACAGUGAACGAGGAAAUUGUUAGUGCCAUUGGUAGGGGCCUAUGUGUCCUCGUGGGGAUUUGCAAGGAUGACACUGCCAAGGAUGUUGAGUACAUCGUGAGGAAACUUUUAAACAUCCGGCUGUUUGAAGAUAGUUCCGGAAAGAGAUGGUCUAAAUCAGUCCUAGAUGAGCAGCUGGAGAUUCUCUGUGUUAGUCAAUUCACCCUGUAUCAUCGACUAAAGGGGAACAAGCCUGAUUUUCAUUUAGCAAUGCAGGGCACGGAAGCUCAGGACCUCUACAAUUCCUUCCUGCAGCAAUUGGGUCAAAAGUACCGAGCAGAUAGAAUAAAAGAUGGAAAAUUUGGGGCUUACAUGCAGGUUCAUAUCCAAAAUGAUGGACCUGUAACACUUGAAUUGGACUCGGAGCCCAAAAGAAGCGACGAGAAGGGUGAAGAGAAAUGAGAACAUUUUCAGCUCUAGACAUUUUUAUUUACUCCGAUUUUCCUUCUCUUUAAGUUUUUAUUAAUAUAAUUAUCUCGUGUAAUUUAUAAGAUUUUCUGUAUAUUAAAUCAAAAAAAUUAUAUACGUCAAAACUAAAAUACAAUGAAAAAUGCUUAAGAACCAAAAUCUGUGGCAUUUUUAAUGGAAA